AUGUAUAUCACCUCAUCCCGCCUCGUGCUGGCCUUAGCGGCACUUCCGACAGCAUUUGGUAAAUCAUACUCCCACCAUGCCGAAGCACCAAAGGGAUGGAAGGUCGACGACACCGCUCGUGUUGCCUCCACCGGUAAACAACAGGUCUUCAGCAUCGCACUGACCAUGCAAAAUGUUGAUCAGCUCGAGUCCAAGCUCCUUGACCUCUCCAGCCCCGACAGCAAGAACUAUGGCCAGUGGAUGUCUCAAAAGGACGUAACAACUGCUUUCUAUCCUUCGAAAGAAGCUGUUUCCAGUGUGACAAAGUGGCUCAAGUCCAAGGGUGUCAAGCACUACAACGUCAACGGUGGUUUCAUUGACUUUGCUCUCGAUGUCAAGGGUGCCAAUGCGCUACUUGAUAGUGACUAUCAAUACUACACCAAAGAGGGCCAGACCAAGUUGCGAACUCUGUCUUACUCUAUCCCUGAUGAUGUAGCCGAACACGUUCAGUUCGUCGACCCAAGCACCAACUUUGGCGGCACACUGGCUUUCGCCCCUGUCACUCACCCAUCGCGUACUCUAACCGAGCGCAAGAACAAGCCCACCAAGAGCACAGUCGAUGCUUCAUGCCAAACCAGCAUCACACCCUCAUGCUUGAAGCAGAUGUACAACAUUGGUGACUACACUCCCAAGGUCGAGUCUGGAAGCACUAUUGGUUUCAGCAGCUUCCUUGGCGAGUCCGCCAUCUACUCCGAUGUUUUCCUGUUUGAGGAGAAGUUUGGAAUUCCCACGCAGAACUUUACCACUGUUCUCAUCAACAACGGCACUGAUGACCAGAACACUGCUCACAAGAACUUUGGCGAGGCUGACUUGGAUGCCGAGAACAUUGUUGGAAUUGCCCACCCUCUUCCCUUCACCCAGUACAUCACUGGCGGUUCACCACCUUUUCUUCCCAACAUCGAUCAGCCAACUGCUGCCGAUAACCAGAACGAGCCUUAUGUGCCUUUCUUCCGCUACCUUCUAUCGCAGAAGGAAGUCCCUGCAGUUGUCUCUACCUCGUAUGGUGACGAAGAAGAUAGCGUCCCUCGCGAAUAUGCUACCAUGACCUGCAACCUGAUUGGUCUUCUCGGACUUCGAGGAAUCAGUGUCAUCUUCUCCUCUGGCGAUAUCGGCGUUGGUGCUGGAUGUCUCGGCCCUGACCACAAGACUGUCGAGUUCAACGCCAUCUUCCCUGCCACCUGCCCUUACCUCACCUCCGUCGGCGGUACCGUUGAUGUCACCCCCGAAAUCGCCUGGGAAGGUUCUUCUGGUGGUUUCAGCAAGUACUUCCCCCGACCCAGCUACCAGGACAAGGCUGUCAAGACGUACAUGAAGACUGUCUCCAAGCAGACAAAGAAGUACUACGGCCCUUACACCAACUGGGAAGGCCGAGGCUUCCCUGAUGUUGCUGGCCACAGUGUCUCUCCCAACUAUGAGGUUAUCUAUGCUGGUAAGCAGAGUGCAAGCGGAGGUACCAGUGCUGCUGCUCCUGUUUGGGCUGCCAUUGUCGGUCUGCUCAACGAUGCCCGUUUCAGAGCUGGGAAGCCAAGCUUGGGAUGGUUGAACCCUCUUGUUUACAAGUAUGGACCAAAGGUGUUGACUGACAUCACUGGUGGUUACGCCAUUGGAUGUGAUGGCAACAACACCCAGUCCGGAAAGCCUGAGCCUGCAGGAUCCGGUAUUGUGCCCGGUGCCAGAUGGAAUGCCACUGCCGGAUGGGAUCCUGUCACUGGUUAUGGUACACCCGACUUUGGAAAGUUGAAGGAUUUGGUUCUUAGCUUCUAA